CCUCCCGAAGCAGUUCCGGUUCGGAUUCGAGCGGCUGCCGGCGCGGUUGAGACGAGGGCCGGCCGGGGCAAUGCCUGCGCGCAGCCGCCACCGCCCCAGGGUCCACUUCGGCUCUCCUACCCGGGCUCCACCGCCGCUUCUUGAGGCGUCUCACUACGGCGAGGCUCGGAGGGCGCCAGGUUCCGACAGCUGCUCAGACGCCGACUCGGAGGUGGGUCUGGGGAGCCCGACUCGGACCGCUGAGGCAGUGGAAGAGGAAAUGGCUUUUCCUAAUCAGCUCUGCAUUCGCCGCUGGACUACCAAGCAUGUAGCUGUUUGGCUGAAGGAUGAAGGCUUUUUUGAGUAUGUGGACAUUUUAUGCAAUAAGCACCGACUUGAUGGAAUCACAUUGCUAACGUUGACUGAAUAUGAUCUCCGGUCUCCUCCUCUGGAAAUCAAAGUCUUAGGGGACAUUAAAAGGUUAAUGCUGUCAGUCCGAAAAUUGCAGAAAAUACAUAUUGAUGUUUUAGAAGAGAUGGGAUACAACAGUGACAGUCCCAUGAGUUCCAUGAGCCCUUUCAUUAGUGCUCUUCAGAAUGCAGAGUGGCUCUGUAAUGGGGAACCUUCACACGACUGUGACGGACCCAUCACUGAUUUGAAUUCUGAUCAAUACCAGUAUGUGAAUGGUAAAAACAAACAUUCUAUUCGAAGAUUGGACCCAGAGUAUUGGAAGACCAUAUUGAGUUGUAUAUAUGUUUUUAUAGUGUUCGGAUUUACAUCUUUCAUAAUGGUUAUAGUCCACGAGCGAGUGCCUGACAUGCAGACCUAUCCACCACUCCCGGAUAUAUUCUUAGACAGCGUUCCUAGAAUUCCAUGGGCCUUUGCCAUGACAGAAGUAUGUGGCAUGAUUCUGUGCUAUAUUUGGCUCCUGGUUCUUCUUCUUCACAAGCACAGGUCAAUACUUCUGCGAAGGCUUUGUAGUCUGAUGGGCACUGUAUUCUUGCUUCGCUGCUUUACCAUGUUUGUGACCUCCCUCUCCGUGCCAGGACAGCACCUACAGUGCACUGGAAAGGUAUAUGGCAGUGUAUGGGAGAAAUUACACCGGGCCUUUGCCAUUUGGAGUGGCUUUGGUAUGACCCUAACUGGCGUUCACACUUGUGGAGAUUACAUGUUCAGUGGCCACACAGUCGUCCUAACUAUGCUGAAUUUCUUUGUCACUGAAUAUACACCAAGAAGCUGGAAUUUCUUGCACACUUUAUCCUGGGUUCUCAACCUCUUUGGAAUCUUCUUCAUUUUGGCUGCCCAUGAACAUUAUUCCAUUGAUGUGUUUAUUGCCUUUUAUAUCACAACGAGACUCUUUUUGUACUACCAUACUCUAGCCAAUACCAGAGCAUAUCAGCAGAGUAGGAGAGCAAGAAUUUGGUUUCCCAUGUUUUCUUUUUUUGAAUGCAAUGUUAAUGGUACAGUCCCAAAUGAAUAUUGUUGGCCAUUUUCAAAACCAGCAAUAAUGAAAAGACUAAUUGGAUGAAGACUGUCUUUGUAAUGUGUUCAUGAUUAAAUAUACAGUCGUUGUUGAAAGUGAGUAACUUUGCUUUCUCCCCCUAGGUUGUUCCUGGAUGUCUUGCUUUUUGGCCUGUAUGUUGACAAAGUAAAGUUCCCUGUCCUGAGCAAGGCUGUGAUUAUAGCAAGCAAGAAAGAAUAAUUAAGAGUCCUUAGGUAUCUGUUUGAACAGAAAACUUAAGUAGAUGUCUUCUGCCCCUUCUCUUUAGGCAGACUUAAUGUUAUGAUUGAAGUCAGUCUCUUACCUUUACCUAUUGAGCUUAAGCAAAUCAACUUAAGCAAUUUGCUGGUUGAAAGAUUUUUUUUUAAAUUUCCAGUAGGACUCUAGUCAAGAAAUAAUAAUAAUAAUUUUUUAAGCUCCUUAUUUUCUUCAAACGAAAAACCCCUACCAAGUGAGCAGUACUUGUUCUUUGAACUAAUCUCUGUGUCUUUCUAAAAAACGCAACUCUGGAAAGUGAUCCUUUUUACUAACAAAUUAAUUUUUGCCUUCUGAACCAUCCUUAAGAAAAGUAUACUGAAUAUACCAGGAUCCCUGAAACAAGAAGAGAAUGAAAGGGGCCAUACAUAAGGUGACAGAGUACAAAUAUAGUGCUGGUAUUUUUCACCAAAAUCAACAAAAGGUGCAGUUCCUAUUUUGUUCUGAGGGUUCAGUAUGAUCAUCAGUAAGUAUGCAUGAGGGGAAAAUGGCUGCAUCCAUAAAAAUAAAAUUGGCUUAAUUUUAGUGAUGAAAGUACCUGGAAUAACUUUGUGCUAUGACUAUUAGCUAGACAGAUGACAGCCCAAUUUUAUGCUUUUUAAUGGUGUUAUUUAAUGAGCAAAAUAAUGGAGUGUUUUAUCAGAUGUUAAAGUUCUGUGUCCUUAAGUAGGGAGGUAUGCAUGCAAAUUUUUCUCUUUCUGAAGUUUAUAACAGGUUGCAGGCAUUGUGUAACUUUUUGGUUUUUGAAAUUUCUCAUUCUUGGCCAUCAGAACUAAGCCAUCUCAGACAUAUUUGGAUAUGAAAAGGUUUUGUUGUUUUUUAUUUUUAAAACAAUUGUGUACAUACAUUCUUUCUAUUUAGUUUUAAUUUGGCAGUCAGGAGUGAUAUAACUUAGUUGCUGUUUACAACACUAGAAAUUUAGUACCUUAAGUAAUUUGACCUCUGUGAUUACAUUUGUCACUUUACUUUUAAUGAUUUUGUACAGUAGUUUUGAGAGUAGGGUGGUUCUAGAAUUAGACUUUGAACCCCAGCUGAUGAGGUUAGCCACUUGGAAUAUUAACUGUGUAGCUUUUACAUUCUGUUUUAAAACAAGGAGUUAAAAAGGUGCUGGCAUAUUGAGGUCUAAAAUUAGGCCACUUAGCAGAAACCUGCUCCUUAAAUGGUGAAAUAUUUUAUUUUUGCACUUUGAGUCAUAUUCCUACCCCAUAUAAGCUACGGAGGAGCCUGAAUGGAUUGGGCAGGAAACAAAUAUAAUGCAAACAAGUUGCAGCUAGUGCUGAGUGAUCCCAAUUUGGGUGUACUCUGAACAUUAUUUUUUAUUUUUCACUUGAGAAAAUGGCACAAGGCAAUUUAAGUUUUAUUAUGCUUUUAAAUCUCAUACUUUAGAAUCUGGUAACAUCUUCAAUAAUUGUUGAUUCUUUUACAUGCUGGGGAUGAAAAUGCCAACAUUUCAUCUAAGGAAAUUGCAUAAUCAUGAAGGGUGAAGGAUGUUUCCUAUGCAGUUAGAGUCUUUGACCCUUGAGGUCAAAAGAUAUGUAACUCCCAUUUUUUUCCAGAUGACAGAAGAGGACUGAAUUUAGCUAGGGAGGGACUGGCGUUGGCUUUUGGGAAAAUGUUUGAGAAAAAAUCCAUGGCAACAUUAAGUCAAGAAUGUUGAAUAGCUACUUAAUGGUAAAUUUCCUAACAUCAAUCUUCUUUCCUUCGUGUGGAUUUUAUUCUAGAACAAAAUAGAAAAAAAAAUUGCAACUAACUUUGCAGACUUAUUGAUACUGAGAGUGCCUAAUAGCAGACUGCAAUGAGGAUUGUAAAAUAACUUCCCACACUUACAUUUAUCAUAUCUGUUUUGAGGAAAAGGUAAGCUAGAUUUAUAAUUUAUUGUUAUAACUAUUACAGGGCAUUGUUUACAUAUAUUAAUCAUCUCCAGGUCUCUUCCUUGGAAAACUUUGAGACAAAAUUCUUUUCCAUUUCUUUUUGUAAUAACCUAUAGUUUUGUUGCUUUUUGUUUUGUCCAGAAAUUUCCAGAUUUUGUCUUUGUAUUUUUUUCUUGUUAAAACCAUAUUGAAGGUAGGAUAUACAUUUUGGGUGUGAAUAUGGCUAGGUAGAGAAGCUACAUGCCUUAGAUCUACAUAUUUUUUACCUUGUCUACAGUUGGAAACGUGUGAGAGGCUUACAUCAUUAAACACUGAGAUUUCAGUAUAGAAGGAACCAAGGUUUUUUGUUUGGGGAUGCAAACUGGGGGUUAUACUGAAAGUCCUCCAUGCAAUUUCUGUCUUCCUAGGGGCAGCGUUACCUGUUUUUUUCUUUUUUUCCUUUCUUUUUUUUUUUUUAAUCCCAUGAAGAGCAGCAUUACUGAAGGGUAAUUGAAGUUUCUAAUCAGGUUUAGAAGAAGGCAAGUUUGCUAUUAUCACCAGAUAAUUUGGGAGAAACCUUUUUUGGCUGCAGAAUUUUCAACAUGCCUAUUUUCUCCAUAGUUCUCUGUGGCCAGAAUUGCUAGAAUAAAAAUACAACUUCCAUAUGCUAGAUCUAUUUAUUAGUAUCCCUUUAAAUCAGAAAGCAAUGAGCUUAGCCAUGGACCCAGUCAGUUAAAUAAGUGUGGACUGUUCACAGGAAGAACCCCAUGCUAGAGACCUGCUGAUAGUGUAACUCUGACACUGCACAUGGCAUUCUUCCCUACCCUGUACCUGCCUGAGUGUUGUUACUUAGAAUUCUAAAAAUCUUAUAAUUUUGUAAAUCAUAAGGACAGAGGCAUCACAUCCUUUUAUAGCUGAUAUGAAACCAUGUGUUCUAAGGAAACCUGUUUGGAAUGUGUUAUUUAUAUAUUCAAAGUCAUAAUCAUAACACUAACCUGCUUUGAUGGUAUUAGUAAAAAGCAAUUUCAUCAUCAGUUUCAUAGUAAACUUUUUUUUAAGGAUUCUUGUUCCAUAAUGUUUGAGAACAUUAACCAUAUUCUUUUUUUAAACUCUCUAAUCUAAUAAGUUUAAUUCUUUGAUAGUCUUCUUGUAGACUUAAGUUACCCCUUACUAAAAGUAAUUAUGGUAAUAGUCAUUUGUCAGUUCUUUACGGUAUUCAGGCAUUUGAGACAGGAAAACUCUUUUUUUACGAUAGUCCCAUGGCUUUCUUAAACAGUAUUGGUUUCAUUCAGAUAGUUUCAGAGCCAACAAAGCAUGUCAGCUUUAAUGCCAUCUUUACUUUGGCAGUUAAGACAGUUUGCAUUUGUAAAAUGUUUUAAUCUGAAUUACCCCACACUGCUGUAGAGGAAAAUUCUUAAUAACACCAAAAGUCAGACUGCUACAGGUGAGCAAUGAGAAAGGAAAGAGGUUGAGGGUAUUUUCUUUCUCUGUCUUUGAGUAGCUUUGAAUGGCUGAAAUUACUAUGGAAGUAGGUUUUGUUUCCCCUCUCACCUAUCCCUCACCCCCAGCAAAUGCCACCAAUUUCAAGUAUCUAAAAUAUGGCCAGUUAUUUUGCAUCAAGUUCAAUGAAAACAUCUGUGAAAUCUAUAAUCCAGCUCCCCAAAAAGUUGGUUUUUUAGAAUAUGUUCUACCCUAAAUUGACCAAAGGAUUUUAUUCAGUGUACUCCAUGUUUAAGCAUAAGGGAGCUUUGUGCCUAAUAUGGAAGGAGAAGGAAUACUAUGUUAAUUUUGUUGUUAUUUCAGGUCUGUUUCAAUCUGAACUACUGGGUUGUCUGAACUAGCCAAGCAAUGUUACCAGUUAGUAAUAUCAUCUUUAAAAUGCUUAAUUUUAAUAAUUUUUUAUUCAAAGAAUCUAUGGAUUGUUAAGACAGUUGAAGUAUUUCUGAUAUGAAACAAAGGGAGUGGAAACUGGUACUUAAUGGGGGAAGCAAAAUUAGCUUGGGCUAAAGUGGGCAUGUUUUGUUUUAAGAAUGCUACCUAAAUGUCACCCAAUCUGCAGAGAUACUAGUAUUACUUGAAGAUGUGAAAGUUCCUGUGGUAGCCAUACCUUGAAGCACAGUGUUGUAUAUAAGUAAAUAUCUUGAUUCUAAAUUAAAUCCAGAUUUCACUAAUAUAUAUUAUUUUAUAUCUUUGUUGUAUUAAAAUGUUUAAAAACACUAAAAAUAAAACAUUUGAAAGUUGGA